AGGCGAACCAACGUGGACCAGGACCUAAAAUGGAUAGAAUCGAGAAGAGUUAUCGAAGAGUUUCUCUUAUGCUACAGCUACAACCUACCUGUAUUAAAUUAAGUCAAAAUUUACAAUUUCGCUUAUGUAUGAUCCCAUUUUCAACAAACUGUAGUUAAAGGGAUCGAAUUUGAAGAACUUGCACAAGAAUUCGUUGGUGGUCGUGAGUACGAUCUGAUUGAUUUUGGUUCCAUCGAAUAGAUCAUGGAAAAGAAGUAGUUCCUGUAAUAUGCAUGGCAUACGCCAUACAAAUGACGCCUUCUUCUAAUCCCCCACGCCCCCGUCACUCAGGAGCGUGUCUCGCAACUCAAAGGGAAACAGUGGGAGUUAUCACGCUGCGACUGCAUGUGCGGCGAUUGUUACGAGGAUUUGCGUGAGUGUCCAAUUGGUCACUUCAUGAACGUGCUGUAUCUGGCCAUGCUGUGUACGACGGACGUGGCAAGGGAGAGUUUGCUGUUGGGGAUACCUUUAUGAAUGUUUUGCCUUACAAAUACGACUUCUACUUACAUUUUCACAUCAUCAUAUGCAUAUUGGAGCAUUUUUUAGUAACAUUGAAGAAGGGAAAAGAGUUGCUUUCUUGGCGUGGGUAAAAAGCUUUCUUGUCAUGAAGGGAAAAGAGUAGAAAAGAGUUUCUUUAUACUAACGACAUACUGACCAUUUCGUCCGAAUCACAUCUAAUCUCACCUCACGGCGACAUGGGCAGAACGUUUUUACGACUUACUCGUGCUCUCGGAGGUUUGAGGAGCAUCGUGCAUUCAGGCUGGCCAUUAUUUGAGAUUUGGCACUCAGUGGCUGUCUACAGCACACCAAUACGAGAACGACGCGCCCACCAAGUGCGGAUGCAGUGGCUCCAUGACGAAGUAGAUCCUGUCUUGGUAGCCCUUAGCGACAACGUUUGCGAGCGCGACAAGUUCUGUGAAAUCGAUGAAAAAGUGUGGGAUUUUAGGAGAGAUAGUAGUUUCUUUGAUCAUACGCUGCCUACGAGUUGUAGUUUUGAUUUGCGAGAAGUUAACUUGCUCCAACCACUUCCUACAACAAGGAUACCACAUGAAGCACAGCAAGAAGAUCAUGGUCUGCCAAUCCUCGACCACUGGCGAGAUCCCGAUGGAAAAAUGAAAGGAGAAACAGAUGAGGUGCACAAUCUAGCCGCCAGGUGUCAGAUAGACGACCAUUCUCUAGCGAAAAGGGUAGUGUUGCAAAUGACUGCAACGAGGAAUGUUCGAGAAUCAGUAGCUUCUUCUGGUAGAACAACAUCUUCUACUUCUCCACGAUACCUGGUCUCCACGGGCAGAAGCAUUGUAGGCUUACCAGACGACCUCGUUAGACUGGAGGAUGAUGCACGAGACGCUAGAGCAGCCUUGUCCAAGGAAAAUGAAGAGAUCUUACGCGCAUUGGAGCAGAAGUUUGGACUCCUGCUGCUUGAUGACGGCCAAGAAGGAUUAAGGGUAGGUUAAAGGUGCUUUUCUUACCGCUUUUGAUGCCUCUCCUAAGGGAGAAAGGCAUAACAAGCGGGGUAAGCGAGCACCAAAAGCCUACCUCUAAAAGGAGGAGACGAGAACCGUUCUGAAAGUGGAAGUAGUUGCAGCCUCCCAGCAGAUCGACCUGGAGGCACAGCUCCAACAGCGGGUGAGGAAGGUCGCGAGCGUUUCGAACAAAACGGAAACGACCAGAACGUUCUUUAUGAACCUUUACUCCUUAGAUUCCGUCAUUCGUGGGUGUCCGGUGCUAAUCUUGCAAUGUCCGACAGAUUUAUACCUCCAGUUGGCCUAGCCGCAGAAGACUUCGUUGACCCACAGCAUAUCAGACGUGAAUUCUUCAAUCAGAAUAGCG